CAGAAGAUUUCCGUGAAUCCCCCAGAGAACACACCUGCCUUCAGAGUCUGCUGCUGGCGAUUUGGAGAAUCGGAUGAUCUCUGCGGGGACCCCACCCUCAGCCAGCCCAGUGCCCCUGCCACGCAGGAUGCUCGUGACCCAAUAGUCGAUGCAGGUGGACUCGAGAGCAUCACCCAGUGUCCCCAGGAGCUUUCUCAGAUGAUGGCUGCAGCAGCCGAUGGUUUGGGGAGUAUAGCGAUAGACACGACCCAGCUCAACAUGUCUGUGACAGACCCCACCGCCUGGGCCACUGCGAUGAAUAACCUGGGCAUGGUUCCUGUGGGGCUGCCUGGACAGCAGCUUGUGUCUGACUCAAUCUGUGUGCCCGGCUUUGAUCCAAGCCUCAACAUGAUGACUGGGAUCACCCCCAUUAACCCGAUGAUACCAGGCCUCGGGCUGGUGCCACCCCCGCCACCAACGGAGGUGGCCGUCCUCAAAGAAAUCAUCCACUGCAAGAGCUGCACUCUUUUCCCGCAGAACCCAAAUCUUCCACCUCCUUCCACAAGAGAACGGCCUCCUGGGUGUAAGACUGUGUUUGUCGGAGGACUACCAGAAAAUGCUACCGAGGAAAUUAUCCAAGAAGUCUUUGAGCAGUGCGGGGAUAUCACAGCCAUUCGGAAAAGCAAGAAGAAUUUUUGUCACAUUCGCUUUGCAGAGGAAUUCAUGGUCGAUAAGGCCAUUUACCUUUCUGGUUAUCGGAUGCGCUUGGGGUCCAGCACGGACAAAAAGGACUCGGGCCGCCUCCAUGUGGACUUUGCGCAGGCCCGCGACGACUUCUACGAGUGGGAAUGCAAGCAGCGGAUGCGUGCGCGGGAGGAGAGGCACCGGCGCAAGCUGGAGGAGGACCGGCUGCGGCCGCCCUCGCCGCCCGCCAUCAUGCACUACUCUGAGCAUGAGGCGGCCCUCCUGGCCGAAAAGCUGAAAGAUGACGGCAAGUUUUCGGAGGCCAUUACCGUGCUGCUUUCCUGGAUUGAGCGAGGGGAGGUGAACCGGCGCUCGGCGAACCAGUUCUAUUCCAUGGUCCAGUCGGCCAACAGCCACGUCCGCAGGCUGAUGAAUGAAAAAGCCACCCAUGAGCAAGAGAUGGAGGAAGCCAAGGAGAAUUUUAAAAACGCCUUAACCGGGAUCCUCACCCAAUUUGAGCAGAUUGUGGCCGUUUUCAACGCUUCUACCAGACAAAAAGCUUGGGACCAUUUCUCGAAAGCCCAGCGCAAGAACAUAGACAUUUGGCGAAAGCAUUCCGAGGAGCUCCGAAAUGCCCAGAGUGAGCAGCUCAUGGGGAUCCGCCGGGAAGAAGAAAUGGAAAUGUCGGACGAUGAGAACUGUGACAGCCCGCCUAAAAAAAUGAGAGUCGAUGAAUCAGCCCUGGCUGCCCAGGCCUAUGCCCUGAAAGAAGAGAACGACAGUCUCCGCUGGCAGCUGGAUGCCUACAGGAACGAAGUGGAGCUGCUGAAGCAGGAAAAAGAGCAGCUUUUCCGCACAGAAGAGAACCUCACCAAGGAGCAGCAGCUGCAGUUCCUGCAGCAGACCAUGCAGGGCAUGCAGCAGCAAUUGCUGACCAUCCAGGAGGAGCUAAACAACAAAAAAUCCGAACUGGAACAAGCCAAGGAAGAGCAGUCCCACACACAGGCAUUACUCAAAGUUCUCCAGGAACAACUGAAAGGUGCCAAGGAGUUGGUGGAGACUAACGGCCCCAGCCACGAGGACCCAGACGAAAGCAACGUGUUGACAGUCGCAUUGGUGAAUCAAGACCGAGAGAACAAUAUUGAGAAAAGAAGCCAAGGCUUAAAAUCAGAGAAAGAAGCUCUGCUAAUAGGUAUCAUAUCGACGUUCCUUCAUGUUCACCCUUUUGGCGCCAACAUAGAAUAUCUGUGGUCAUAUAUGCAGCAGCUGGACUCUAAGAUAUCUGCGAACGAGAUUGAGACGCUGCUGCUGAGGCUGCCACGCAUGUUUAAGCAGGAGUUCACGGGUGUCGGAGCAACGCUGGAAAAGAGGUGGAAGUUGUGUGCCUUUGAAGGGAUAAAAAGUCCCUAACUGCCAAGAGGGAAAGCAACCCAACCAACCCUCCGGAUGGUGGGGCUGCGGGCAGGGGUGUGCUGUGCCGUCUGAGAAGAUGUGCGGCAGGCCGACGUGGGGCCUUCAAAGUCUGACUCCAGCCCCAGCCGUGCGUUCCCUCGUGAGUGGAAUUGUAAUUGUGUACCAGUUCCUUAAAACAGACGAGCUUCAUACUGUGACAGAUCUGUCUGCCUACGAAAAGCAAACAAUGAUUCCACAGUCAGCUGGCAGAAGUCUUCUUCAAAUACGCUACAUUUGAGAAUAGCUCACCCAGCGAAGUAUUUACAGUCGAUGACGCUGUAGCAAUGGUGGUCAGUAGGUCCUGGAGUUGUAUAUGUAAUGUAUAGCUGAAAUCAUUAAGUGGCAGUUCCCUGAAAGUUUCUCUUUCUGUUUUAGUACAGCAACAACAAAGCAAUUUUACAGUGAUGGGGGGAAAAAUCAUACCAAAAGAAAACUUGAAUAUGUGUCUGAACAGUUACAUCGUAUUUUGUAAAUUAAGUUAUAUGCUGUUCCAGGGACUUUUGCCUUAUUGAAGAGGCAGAAAGAAAUGUGACUGGACUCCUUGAGAAUGCUUUAUCAAGAAUAUUAUUUUUCUAAUGUAACAAUUCUCCAUCAUAAGUUCUUUUAACAUGGACUGCAUAACAAUUUUCAUAAAAUGUAAAUAAAGGUAAAACUAGUGCUACUGUCUUGUACUUGGUAAGUAACAUUCAGGUUUAUGCAUCAAAAUAAAAAUCCAGUAAAUAUUCCUGUUAUAAAUUUUAUAGCAAAGAUGCUGAUUUUUUUCAAUAAAUAUGACUUCUACCAUA